AUGGCGCUUGAUGGAGCAAACGAACCUGUUCCGGAUAAUUUGCAAUCAAUGACUGACCUCCAAUUAAUUGAUGCCCUAAGAAAUUAUCUACGGGGAAGAAGGUAUGUCAUUGUUUUGGAUGAUGUAUGGACUGUAAACGCUUGGGAAACAAUAAAGUAUGCAUUUCCUGAUUGUAACUGUGGUAGUAGAAUUAUCUUCACUACACGUUCAAGUAACCUGGCUGAAUCUGUAGAGAAUGCUAGUCAUGUUUAUGAACUCCAAGCUUUACCAGAGAAUGAAGCUUGGACCCUCUUUUGUAUGAAAGCCUUUAGAGGGGAACAUAAGGCUGUAUGCCCUCCAGAACUGGAAGAGAUGUCUCGAAAUAUCGUAAAGAAGUGUGAGGGACUGCCACUUGCAAUUGUAGCAAUAGGAGGCCUACUGUCGAAGAAGAAAAACGGAGGUUUGGAAUGGAAGAAAGUCCAUGACUGCCUAGCUACAGAAUUGAAAAGUAACAACGACCUUGGGAGUCUACGUAGAAUACUUCAACUAAGUUAUGAUAAUCUUCCUUACGACCUCAAACAGUGUUAUUUGUAUUUAAAUGCUUUUCCAGAGGAUUAUUUGAUAAAAAGAAGGAAGUUGAUCCGGCUAUGGAUCGUUGAAAGGUUUGUGGAAGAGAAGCGAGGCUUUACAAUGGAGGAAGUAGCAGAGGAAUACCUUAAUGAACUCGUGAAUAGGAGUUUGAUCCAAGUGGUGGAGAUGAAUUAUUUUAAUAGGGUCAAGACAUGUCGUGUUCAUGAUCUAAUGCGAGAAAUCAUUCAAAUGAAAUCCAGGGAAGAAUCUUUUGUUAUGAUAGCAAACGGAGCAAGAAUCAGCAAGAAUGAGAAAGUUCGGCGUCUAUCAAUCCAUGAAAACUCUGAGGAAGUACAAUCAGAUAUGAGAUUUCCUUAUCUGUGGUCUUUGUUGUCAUUUUCUUCACAUCAUUCUUUUGAGCAUAGUUUUCGCAAUUACAAGCUGUUGAGAGUAUUGAAUUUAGAUCGAGCUCCCCUUUCCAGCUUCCUACCUGAAUUGGUUGAACUGAUUCAUUUGAGAUACUUAAGUUUGAGAUGGACCAUGAUAAGUGAGCUUCCAGAGUCCAUAAGGAAGCUCAAGUACUUGGAAAUACUUGAUUUGAAAAGGACUUUUGUAUCUUCUUUGCCUGCUGGGAUCACACAACUGACAUGUCUUUGCCAGCUCCGUAACUAUCGACACAGUUUCCAGCCUUCAUCGUUCUUCCCAGACACUCAUGGAAUGAGAGUUCCAUCAGGAAUAGGAAGAUUGACGAGCCUGCAUAAAUUGGGAAGCGUCGAAGUGAAUGAAGAUUAUGAGUUAGUCAGGGAGUUGGGAAAGCUAACUUCGUUGAGAAGGCUGGGCAUUUUAAAGCUAAGAGAAGAGCAGGGAAUGGAUCUGUGUUAUACUUUGGACAGGUUGAAACACCUUACUGCAUUGUAUCUUGUUUCACUAAACAAAACUGAAUCCUUACAAUUUGACUCUCUUUCAUCUCCUCCAAAAUAUCUCCAACGACUAUAUCUCAAAUGUAGUCUUCCGGCUUUACCAGAAUGGAUACCUUCACUCCAGUAUAUUUCCAAGCUAGUGCUUCAAUAUUCUAAUUUGAAAAGUGAUCCUCUCAAGGCCCUCCAGAAAUUGCCUAGUUUGGUGUUGCUUGAACUCCGUCAAGCUUAUGCAGGGGAAGAACUGUGUUGUGAUCCUAGUGGAUUUUCAAAGCUGAAGAGGCUAGGUCUCCAUGAACUGGGGAGAUUGCGGCGCAUCAGAAUAGCGAAAGGGUCAAUGCCUGGGUUAGAGAGGCUAGACAUUACAGCAUGCACGGUGCUAGAAACAAUGCCGGAUGGGAUUGAAAACCUGAAAAAUAUAGAAGACCUGGUUCUGUGGCAUAUGCCUCCAACAUUCAUCAAGACAAUAGAAAGGUACCGUGGUGAAGAUUUCUGGAGAGUUCAACAUGUCACAACAAUCACCCGUAUCUACGAGAACCAGGGGAGAUGGUUCUCUGAAACUCUUCCGUAAUUAGAGGGGUAAACUACGGAGAGGACUACAGUUUCCGGAAAAUCAUGAUCUCUGCCGAGUUCCUCAGGUCUGUACAGAAGUUUCAUCAUGUAAUGCUGAGCCUCAGAAAACAGAAAACUGCUGCUCCUCCCUCCUCUUCUCUGCUCCUUUGUCUCUGUUUUGCUGUCGUUGAAUCUUCCAACCUGCUAUCUUGUCCAUGUUUGUCACCACUAAUUCUGGACAGCGUCAAUUUAUAGACAUCAAUACGAGUAUAUUUGGGAUUUGUCAGAUGUUCAUUUUAUAUUUUAACAAAUUCUCACAA